UUGGAUCAUUUAAUCCUUGUGCAGGCGGUUAAUAUAGUAACCUCUUACAGUUGUCACAGUCAUUGAAGAGAGGAAGUGGAAAACUACCCUCCUCGCCUUGGUGACAAGAGAGAAAUAAUUACAGAGACCACCUCACCUUCACCACCAUGAAGAUGCUUAAUGCUGCCAUUCUCAUUUUAGUCCUGUUUUAUCCCAGUCUCAGCACAGAGUGGCCUACGCACACAGUCUGCAAGGAGAACAAUUUGGAAAUAUAUUACAAAAGUUGUGAUCCUGUGCAAGAUUUUGCUCUUAGCAUCGAUGACUGUUCCAAUAUCUUAACAAAUACUUUUAACGUCAGAGCUGCAAUGGUCUUAAGACAGAACAUCAAAGAACUGUCUAUGGACAUUAAUCUCAUCAUAAAUGGGAAGAGUAUCCUAGCCUACUCACAGAAACUCUGUGAGCCGAAUGGCCGAAGGUUUAUUUUCUGUGGAAAGAAAAAAGGAGAACAUAUCUACUAUGAAGGGCCUGUCACACUGGGAAUCCAUGAAAUCCCCCAAGGAGAGUACACAGUUUCAGUGAGGCUGUAUAAUGGAGAUCAUCUCACCGUUGCUUGUGCUGAUUUUACCAUAAAAAAUAAAUAAUUUUUCCCCAUAUAAACCAAAGAAGCGAUCAGAAACAGUUCAUUUAAAGGGGCAGGUCACCAAAAUAGUGCAAGCUUUGUAGCUAAGAAAGUUAGUUAUAUUCUACAUCUACAGUGAUAUUGAAGGAAAUAAUUCCACUCAGAGGUUCGGGUGCUAUUCUUGUUUAUAAUCUAUUGUUUUUAAGAAGUCACUAGACCCCCAAGAGGUAAUUUAUCCUAUGACAUUCACUGUACUCCAUUUGUUUUUGUUUCUAUAAUAUAUGACUGCUUUAAAAUAGCAAGAGUUUUAAACGCUCAAAAGCCUUCUAGUCCACUAACUACAGAACUGAAUGAAACAGGCAUUGCUCAGUGAGCUGUCUAGCAGGAGGAGAUCAGAGCUUGGUGCUUGAACUCUGCCCUUUUUUCCUGGGCUACUGGAGGCAGGAGGGGACUUAGCACAGUGGUUCCCAAACACGGGCAUGCCUGCUAGAGCGAUGGCUUUUGUGAUUAACACUAGGCAGGGAGUUCCAACCACAGAACCCUUUCCUACCUGAACUUGGUGCAACGAAUGUCUGUCUCAUUUUAUACAUGCUGGAUCCAAUGAUAGACUUAGAUUGUCC